AUUUUGGUGAACAAACUCAGGAUUUUUGGGUAACCUGAAAAUUCCUACAUACAUUUAGAGCCUCGCAACUUCAAUUUUGUUUUUACUAUAAAGCCCUCAUAUAAUUUUUUACGCCAGAAAAUUCUUUGUGCUCACACAUCCGUUCUUCUCUCUCAUUUUCUCUUUGAUCAUACCAAUCGAUCCAUCACUCAUUUUUUGUCUCUCCCCCAUCUUGGCAUUGAGGAUCAUCGCUUUACAGGAAAAAAAUGGAAUUUUGUCAAGAUUCACGCAAUGGCAAUGGUUCACGGGGAUUUAACACUAACGCCCCUUUGAACUGGGGCAUGGCGGCAGAGUCACUAAAAGGAAGCCACCUGGAUGAGGUCAAGCGCAUGAUCGAGGAGUACAGGAAGCCUGUGGUCAAGUUAGGAGGUGAGACCCUGACCAUAGGCCAGGUAACUGCGAUUGCCAGCCGUGACGUUGGUGUCGUGGUGGAGUUGUCAGAGGAGGCUCGAGCUGGUGUCAAAGCCAGCAGUGACUGGGUCAUGGACAGCAUGAGCAAGGGCACAGACAGUUAUGGUGUUACUACUGGUUUUGGUGCAACCUCACAUAGAAGAACCAAGCAAGGUGGAGAGCUUCAAAAGGAGCUUAUAAGGGAGGAAGAUACCACAGGUGCUUGUGAGGUGCUCCUUCACUCUCAUGGAAAAUGCCUGAAAUUAGCACGCACACGUUUCAUCAGCUGUCUUGUUAACUUGAUACUGUUUGGUUGGUUCUUGAAUGUUGGUAUCUUCGGCAAUGAUACGGAGUCUAGCCAUACAUUACCUCGCUCAGCAACCAGGGCAGCUAUGUUGGUGAGAACCAACACCCUGCUUCAAGGUUAUUCAGGCAUAAGAUUUGAGAUGCUGGAAGCUAUCACCAAGCUGCUCAACCACAACAUCACUCCAUGUUUGCCACUUAGAGGAACAAUCACUGCCUCUGGUGACCUUGUCCCAUUGUCCUACAUUGCUGGGCUCUUGACAGGCAGGCCUAAUUCAAAGGCAGUUGGACCCCAUGGAGAGCCCCUAAGCCCUGCUGAAGCCUUUACACAAGCUAGGAUUGAUGGCGGCUUUUUUGAGUUGCAGCCGAAGGAGGGUCUAGCACUAGUGAAUGGUACUGCAGUGGGUUCCGGUCUGGCUUCAAUGGUGCUUUUUGAGGCUAAUGUGUUGGCAAUCCUAUCAGAAGUUCUGUCAGCAAUCUUUGCUGAAGUUAUGCAAGGAAAACCUGAGUUUACUGAUCACCUGACACAUAAAUUGAAGCAUCAUCCUGGCCAAAUUGAAGCUGCCGCUAUUAUGGAACAUAUUUUAGAUGGCAGCUCCUAUGUUAAAGAAGCUCAGAAGUUACAUGAGAUCGAUACUCUACAGAAACCUAAAAAAGACCGAUAUGCUCUUCAAACAUCUCCACAAUGGCUAGGCCCUUUGAUCGAAGUGAUUAGAACAUCAACGAAAAUGAUCGAACGAGAAAUCAACUCUGUCAAUGACAAUCCUUUGAUUGACGUGUCGAGGAAUAAGGCUCUAAAUGGAGGGAAUUUCCAGGGGACCCCAAUUGGUGUUUCAAUGGACAACACUCGUUUGGCCAUUGCUUCAAUUGGCAAACUCAUGUUUGCACAAUUCUCUGAACUUGUUAAUGACUUUUACAACAAUGGAUUGCCUUCAAACCUAACUGGUGGCCGCAAUCCAAGCUUGGAUUACGGGUUCAAAGGUGCCGAAAUUGCCAUGGCAUCUUACUGCUCGGAGCUCCAAUUCCUAGCCAAUCCUGUCACCAAUCAUGUCCAGAGUGCUGAGCAACACAACCAAGAUGUCAACUCCCUGGGCUUGAUUUCUUCAAGAAAAACAGCUGAAGCUGUUGACAUAUUGAAGCUCGUGUCAACCACUUUCUUGGUUGGUCUAUGCCAAGCCGUUGACUUGAGGCACGUAGAAGAGAACCUAAAGAACACAGUUAAGAACACUGUCAAUCAAGUUGCUAAGAGAGUCUUGACAAUGGGCUUCAGUGACGAGCUUCACCCUUUAAGAUUCUAUGAAAAAGACUUGCUCAAGGUUGUUGACAGAGAACAUGUCUUUUCCUACAUUGACGAUCCUUGCAGUGCAACCUAUCCAUUAAUGCAAAAGCUAAGGCAAGUACUAGUCGAGCAUGCCUUGGUGAAUGGCGAAAGGGAAAGGAAUUCAACCACUUCGAUUUUCCAAAAGAUCGGAUCUUUUGAGGAAGAACUGAAAACCCUUUUGCCUAAAGAAGUGGAGAAUGCUAGACUUGAAGUUGAGAAUGGAAAUCCAGCUAUUCCAAACAGGAUCAAGGAAUGCAGGUCAUACCCCCUGUACAAGUUUGUGAGGGAAGAAUUGGGAACUAGGUUGCUAACAGGUGAGAAGGUCAAAUCUCCCGGCGAGGAGUUCGACAAGGUUUUCACAGCUAUCUGUGCAGGGAAGUUGAUUGAUCCCUUACUGGAAUGCUUGAAGGAAUGGAAUGGUGCUCCUCUUCCUAUUUGCUAAGCUAUGGAUGUCAUGUAAUCAUCCGUCUUUUUUUUAUUUUUCUUACUAAGCUUACUUGUCAUGUCAAUUUGUUCGUAACAAGCAAAUUGCCUAUCUAUAUUGUCUAUUUACUUUCAAAUAAUUAAAGAAUCUUUCUUUGUACAACAAAAAAUGCGCCAUCCUAAAUGAAAAGGAUUAGUUUUUUUUUGCUGUCAAA